AUGAAUCGGCCCAGGUCGUCAUCACUGCUCAAGCGGCCAGUACCAGACCUAGGCGGCUUGCCACUGGAACGCUACGUGCUAUUUCAAUGGAACCGUCGCUCGUUAGCCGGACUCGAUGGGAGUACUCGCCGAGGACGUUUAGCACAAGAGUAUGUCAAGAACGGCGAUUGUGUGCGUUAUCUGUCUGACUCUGUAUGGGCGGGAAGGACCCCUCGAAACAUACCGCAUCCAUCAGAAUGGGAAGGGAUCCUAGCAGAUCUCCGAACGGAAACUCAGCGUCACAUUACUGUCCGAGACCAAUCUGACUAUAACAUCCUCUGGCUGAGGACCUGCUAUGCUGAAGGUAGCGAUGACGUACACGCAAAUUUUCGAAAGCGCAUCAAUUUUGACCUGGAACUCGGAUACGAGGACAACUUCCUCGAUGACUCAAUGCUGUACUCAUACGGCGAUGACUGGGCUCGCGUCUUUCAAGUGUUCCCUGAAAACCUUCUUCAGAUUCCACUCACACCACAACCGCUGACGGCGCAGCCAACUCGUUCGCGAGGAGAACGAGACGAAGACGAACUCACCCCUACCGAACUCCGCCAACGCUGCCGUGCCAAUCUGCCCUCAACGGUCGAAGAUCAAUCGGCAGGACUCAGCGGAAGGUACGACGAAGACGACGUCUUCCGCGACGCAGUCACGAAUUAUCACAGAGGCAUGAUCAGGGGCUACCUCUUUCUUGCCGAUGAAGAGACGAUGAGGACUGGCCUCAUCAUGCUUGUGUUUUUCGACAGUUUUGGCCGAGCAGUCCGUCAGAAACGGGUCACGGAUGGCGACUGCCAUAUCAGUGGCGCUUGGUUCUCGCAAAGCAUUUGGGAUUAUGACCAAUUUCUCGAAGCGGAUCCAGGACCGGCUUAUCAAGUGGGUGGAAUUUGUGGGCCACCCUUCGCGGACGACGAUGUGCCGAUGAUAGAGACUGCACACGAGCUGAUGGCUCUCGACAUCAAUGCACAGUAG